UCUGAAAAUCUGGGAUUUCAGAAUUGAGGCAAUCUAAUUUAUUUCUGAUAUUUAUUUUUGUGUGUAUGUGUGUAUAUAUAUUAGAAAGACAAAAGAAUGAUUAUUCAGGUUUUGAAGAACCCUAUUUCCUACCCAUUUCCAGAUUUCUGACUGAGGUUGCAUAGAUGCUGCAUUUAGGCGAAGACAAAAGCAAUGUGGUCCAACUGCCGGAAGGAGUAACACCGUUUAUUCAUGUUACUCAAAAUGAGUUUUUAGGGCGAAAACAUAAGAAAUUGAAAGAAGAUGAUAUUGCUAUCUGUGAAUGCAAGUAUGAAGCAAGUGAUCCCGAAAGUGCAUGUGUAGAAAGAUGCUUGAAUGUAAUAACCAACACUGAGUGUACACCGGGAUACUGUCAGUGUGGUGAGGCUUGCAGAAAUCAGUGUUUUGCUUGCUGUCCACAGAGAUUCCAGAAAUGUGAAUAUGCAAAAACUAAGUUGUUCAGGACUGAAGGGCGUGGUUGGGGUCUUUUAGCUGAUGAGAAUAUAAAGGCUGGACAGUUCAUUAUUGAAUACUGUGGAGAAGUGAUAUCAUCUGAAGAAGCAAAGAAAAGGUCUCAGGCUUAUGAAGCUCAUGAGCUCAAGGACGCAUACAUAAUUUCUCUGGAUGCUAAUCAUUUCAUUGAUGCCACCCGGAAGGGAAGUUUUGCAAGAUUCAUAAAUCAUUCAUGCUGGCCAAAUUGUGAAACAAGGAAAUGGACAGUGUUAGGGGAAACAAGGGUAGGAAUAUUUGCAAAGCAAGAUAUAUCUGUUGGAAUGGAGCUGGCGUAUAACUAUAAUUUUGAGUGGUAUGGGGGUGCAACUGUUCAUUGUCUAUGUGGAGCUGCAAACUGUUCUAUAUUUCUGGGUGCCAAAUCUCAAGGAUUCCAGGAGUACAACCAUGUCUGGGAAGAUGGGGAUGACAGAUAUACGGUGGAGGAAGUUCCACUUUAUGAUUCGGCAGAGGAUGAAUCUUUACCAGUGAUCUCUGGAACUAGUGGAGGAAAUGAGCACACUAAAAUAUUGAUUGAGAGUGGGGGCUCUACGUUCAAGGUGGGACCAAGUAAUAGCACAUGUAAGAAUUAUAAUAUUGGAUCCGGUUCAACACCGAAGAAGAAGUCUCAACGCAUUCCCAAGCGGAAGGUAAAAUCUUCCAGCCGUAAGCAAGUGAAUGAUGGAGAUUUUGCUAAAUUGUUUGCAUCAAAGGAAGCACGAGAAGAAAUUACUAAGUACGAGGGGUUAAAAAAUGAAGCCACUUCGAAGCUCAAUUCUGUAUAUGAAGAAAUUCGCCCUACCAUUGAAGAGCAUGGACGGGACAACCAGGAUAGCGUACCCACCAGUGUAGCUGAGACGUGGAUCGAAGCACACUGCUCUAAAUACGAAGCAGAUUUUGAUCUCUACUUUUCUGUGAUCAAGAAUGUGAUGUGCCCUCGUCCAGCAACCUACGCCACUGCUGCAGGGCCUUCUGAAGGAGGAGCCGGACCUCAAACAACCAAUGCUGAAGCCAAGCUUUCUGAAGGAGGAGCUAAAUGAAGUAUAUGUCAGAUAAAUGACGUUUAAUCGGGUAUUUGAUACCGUUUAAUCUUCAGAAAGUCAGACAUGGUUUCUAUGCAUACAUACAGCACAAACAAAUUAGAACAGUUUAUGAUGGGAUUCAUGCAAAACAACUUGACCCUUUUGGGAAUUUCAUGUGUAACCCAACUCACCAUUACACCAUCUUUGGGUGUUUGCAUAGCCAGGGAAGUUACUUGUAGUUUUUAUCCAUUGUUAGUGUCCUUGGGGAAAAAUACUUGCACAGACUUGGUAUUAACGCCAUACCAUUUUAUCGCUUACAAGUGUUUGGGACGAAGGAAAAUGUUUUUCAUGGAAAUAAGUUAUUUUUUUACUUUA